AUGGUGAGUGUGAGUCAAUUGAGUAACAAAGGAACUAAAGAUUGGAGGCAUCUAGGUGAUAAGUUAAAGAAUCACGAAACAAGUAAUGAUCACAUACUUAACAUGAGUGCUUGGAUUGACUUAGAAUUGAGACAAUCGAAAAACAAAACAAUUGAUAAAGAUGCUCAAGAAAGACUUAAUAAAGAGAAAGAGCAUUGGAGGAAUGUUUUAGUAAGAAUAAUUGCAAUUGUCAAAAAUUUAGCUAAAAAUAAUUCGGCCUUUCGAGGAUGUAAUGAAAAGAUCUAUCAAGAAAAUAAUGGAAAUUUUUUAAGCUUAAUUGAAAUGAUUGCUGAAUUUGAUCCAAUAAUGCAAGAACAUGUUCGACGUAUUCAAAAUAGUGAAAUUCAUAAUCAUUAUUUGGGACAUAAUAUUCAAAAUGAGUUGAUACAAUUGUUGGCAAGUGAAGUGAAAAAUACAAUUUUAAAAAAGAUCAAAGAAGCUAAAUAUUUUUCAGUUUUACUUGAUUGUACUCCUGAUGUAAGUCAUCAAGAACAAAUGUCUCUCAUAUUGAGGUGUGUUGAUAUUUCAUCUAAUCCAAUAAGAGUAGAAGAAUAUUUUUUGGGAUUUUUGAAUGUGGAGGAUACUUCGGGGAAAGGUCUUUUUGAUGAACUUACAAAAGAAAUUGAAAAUUUGAAACUUGACAUUAAUGAUAUACGAGGGCAAAGGUAUGAUAAUGGAUCUAACAUGAAAGGAAAGUACAAAGGUGUACAAAAAAGAUUAUUAGAUAUAAAUCCUCGAGCAUUAUAUACACCUUGUGGUUGUCAUAAUCUUAAUUUAGUGAUUUGUGAUGUUGCUAAUUCUUGUGUUAAAGCUAUAUCAUUUUUUGGUGUUUUACAACGCAUAUAUUCAUUAUUCUCUUCUUCAACCAAACGAUGGACAAUAUUGAAAAAUAAUAUAACUAAUUUGACUGUGAAAUCAUUGUCUCAAACUCGUUGGGAAAGUCACAUUGAAAGUGUUAAGGCAAUUAUAUCACAAACUCCAAACAUAAGAGAUGCUUUGUUUGAACUUGCAGAAAUAAGUGAAGAUCCAAAAAUAAAAAGUGAAGCUACAAGUCUAGUAAAUUAUGAAUUAGAGAAUUUUGAAUUUUUAUUAGGCAUGACCAUUUGGUAUGACAUUUUAUUUCCUAUAAAUUCAAUAAGUAAACAUUUACAAAGUAAAAACAUGGACAUUGACAAGGCUAUACAAGAUUUAAAUGAUCUCAUUUCUUAUUUUGAAGAUUAUAGGGAAAAUGGAUUUGUAACUGCUAUGAAUUCAACUAAGAAAAUUGCAAGUGAGAUGGGAAUAGAGCCUAAAUUUUCUGAAAAGCGAUUAAUUCGUAGGAAAAAGCAAUUUGAUGAAAAUGUUGAUGUUGAUGUAAUUAAAUCUGCUGAAGAAUCAUUUCGAAUUGAUUAUUUUCUUUACUUGAUUGACCAAAUUAUUUGUUCACUUAAAACUAGAUUUGAACAAUUUCAAGUGUAUGAAAAUAUUUUUGGUUUUUUGUUUAGCAUGAAGAAACUGAAAGCAUUGGAUGAAGAUGAUCUAAAAGACCACUCUUUAAAUGUUGAGGAUGUUUUAAAAUUCAAUGGAUUAUCUGAUAUUGAUGGUUUAGAUUUGUUUUCAGAAUUGAAAGUGUUGAAGAAAAUUUUUCCAAAUGAAAAUAGUAACUCAAUUGAAAUACUUGAUUACAUAAAAAAAGUUGAUUCUUUUCCAAAUGCAUUUAUUACUUACAGAAUAUUACUAACCAUUCCAGUAACAGUUGCUUCAGCAGAGAGAAGUUUUUCAAAAUUGAAAUUGAUAAAAUCAUAUUUAAGAUCCACUAUGUUGCAAGAACGAUUGAGUGGGUUAGCUAUACUGUCUAUCGAAAAUAAAUUGCUAAAUAAACUUCAUUACGAUGACUUGAUUAGCAAAUUUGCAUCUCAAAAAGUUUUGCGGCUUGAAGAUUGUUCGUUGCGUGAAAUAUGGAGAAAAAAGUCGCUUGUUAAAUAG